AUGGUCCAAGCUCUUGUGAGUAUGUAUGUUGAUUUACAGGCCAAGGGUCUUGUAUCACGCCAAGGUGUUUACAAGCAUUAUGUUCUUGGCAUGUUGGCAUCUUUAGAAGGCCGCAAUGAAGCACGGUCAAACAGCACAGAUUGUGAGAAGUUACUAGCAGUUUGUGAAAUUGAGUUGAACUAUGAUAGUUGCAAGGAGUAUAUCCAAACUCUUCCUGCCACAGAUAUUUCAUACAUUAUUGGAAGGUAUUACACACUAUGUUUCCCUUGCAACUUAGCAAGAAGCCAACCACAGGAACCUUCAUGGAAGGAACCUCUCUGUAUGCUGUUAACGCUUUGGAUUAAACUAGUUGACGACAUACCAAAGCAGUCAACUGAUGCUAGCUCAUAUGAAAGGACAGGCUACUUGGAUUCGAACCGGUUAACUCACUGCAUGAGUACCUUCAGACAGCUGUUAAUAAAUAAUGAGAUAACAGUGCACCAAGGUUGGGAUGCCAUCUCUAUGUUUGUACAAGUUGGCUUUAACAGUGAAAUGAUAAUGGACACAUCACACUUUUGCCGAGCUAUGGUUCUUUCUGGAUGUGGUUUCAAAACUGUAGUUGAAGUGUACCAUGGAGGACAGGAAAAUUUGGAAAGUGUAAAUGCAGACUCGAGGAAUCCUUUGGAUCUCUUAGAGCUUUAUGGUGCUUCUACAGAUGGCUGUUUGUCCAAUCUGAUCGAAGGCUCUUGUGAUUCUCAGGCAUUGCUUCAUAAGUUACUGUCUUCAUUGAGCCAGUCAGUAGGGGAGCAUGCUGACUCUCUUGAAAUGAUCCGAUCUGGUGUCUGGGGAAAGUUGAUAGCCUUUUCUGAGAACAUGCAGCUAGGUAGCCAACUACGUGUCUAUGCGCUGCAGCUGAUGCAGUGUAUUACGGGAAGAAACCUCAAAAGCCUUCCAAAUGAGAUUGUUUCCCAGGUUGAGCCAUGGGAAUCAUGGUAUGAGCCUGGAACAAGUGAUUCCUUAGCUGAUGAGGGCAGUACUCCCUCUUGCAGCAUCACAGCGAGUCUGGUGGCACUCAGAUCUAAUCAGAUGGUCACUGCAGUUCUGCCAGAUACUAGUAUCACGCCCGAAAACUUGUCGAGUCUUCACUCUGCAGUAUCUUGCUUCUUACAUUUGUCGGAACGUGCUUCUUCUGUUGAGAGUGUUACUGUUCUGGAAGCAGUGCUAGAAGAGUGGGAGCAACUGUUCUCUUCACCAAAAGAAGAAUAUGUUCAGCCUCAGGAUUCGCCAAAAGAAGCAAGCGACUGGAGUGAUGGAUGGGAUGAUGGCUGGGAGGCCCUACCAGAAGAGUUGGAGAAUCCAGCGCAAAAGCAAGAUGGUGCGUCGUCAUUAUCUGUCCAUCCUCUCCACAGUUGUUGGAUGGAGAUCAUCAGAAAGCUUGCUGGGCUCGGCGAGCUCCAGAAGAUCAUUGAGCUUCUAGAUCGAGCAUCCUCAAAGCAUAGCAGGUUGCUAGAGGACGAAGAAGCACACCGCUUGCUUGAACUCCUUUCCGCAGCACCGAACUGCUUCAUGGCUCUCAAAAUCAUGCUGCUGCUCCCAUACGAAGCUCCACAGCUGCAGUGCCUGCAGACGGUCGAGGCGAAAAUCAGGGAAGGAACUGCGUCCACCUCAUCGAAUGCCAAAGACCACGAGCUGCUGGCGUUGGUCCUCUCAUCCGGAGUCCUGCAGAAGAUGGCUGGAGAAGAGGGGUACUCGAAACUCUUCUCUCACACAUGCCACCUCGUCGGACAUCUCGCGAGGUCGUUCCAGGGCGAUCUCUGCGCACACUGGGAAGCUGAAUCUAAGAUGAAUCAGAAGUCUCUGCUGUUCGGUAAGGUGCUGCUCCCGUGCUUCAUAUCUGAGAGCUGGUGCUCAAAGGGCAGUAUCUGUUGGCCGGGUUCAUCGUCUCGAGAUGGAUGCACACCCCCGCAUCCCUUGGUCUGA